AUGCCGAUCUAUAUGGACUGCUUCAAGAUCUUCGAGUGGGUGUGCGAAUCACGACCCUUCUGCGAUGCAUUCUGCAAGGCGUUCCGGCAAGACGAGGAUGAGCAGUUCCUGUCCGACAGGCGUCGCGGCCAACUUGAAGCCUACUGGAUCGAGGAGCUCAAGCGGCGGACCAAGCCGAAGAAAGGGCCUGUCUUACCGGAGGGGGACAAAGGACUGUCAACUGAAGUUGUAGUCGAAAAGUUGGCGGAGCAUGACAUUAACGAGGCUGUGUUAUCGGAGAUCAAAGACCGGGAAGAAGGUGCACUCUGA